ACGUGAUACGACCAUUCAGAUUUUAGAUAAUUUAGUCAAAGAUAUAUCUUAGAUUUAGUACAAUUUUGCUUGAUGUUGUGACUGACGGUUUUGACCGUGACUGUGACUGAUCGUGACCAUGAUUCAAAAGUCUGACGCUAUCUUAUUUGUGCUAUAAACACUACAAAAAAUUACCAUCUCCCUUCUCGAAAGUCAACAGAGGAUCCGAACAGAAUGUCCAAACCAAUCGUCUUCGUGACCGGCAAUGCCAAGAAGUUGGAGGAAUUUAUCGCCAUUCUUGGGAAAAAUUUUCCCCGCGAGAUAACAAAUAAAAAAGUAGAUUUGCCUGAAUAUCAAGGCGAGAUUGAAGAAAUUUCAAUCGAAAAGUGUAAAGCUGCCGCGGAAAUUGUCAAGGGCCCCGUAAUAAUUGAAGACACUUGUUUGUGUUUCAAUGCCAUGAAGGGGCUGCCGGGCCCCUAUAUUAAAUGGUUUUUGGACAAAUUGGGGGCGGAUGGUUUAUAUAAAAUGCUGGAGGGCUGGGAGGAUAAAUCUGCUCAGGCCGUAUGCACUUUUGCGUAUGUCAACAGUCCUGAGGACCCAGUCAUUCUUUUCCAAGGUAGAACUGAUGGGUUGAUGGUGAGUCCCAGGGGUCCCAAAGAUUUCGGAUGGGAUCCUUGUUUCCAGCCGGAAGGAUAUGACAAAACUUAUGCAGAGUUGCCCAAGGAAAUUAAAAACACAAUUUCUCAUCGACAGCGCGCUCUUGAGAAGCUCAAAGAAUAUUUUUUAAAAGAUAGCAACGAAGCCAAAUGAGGGCGGAGGUUUUUUUAUUUUAUAGAAUGAACGAUAAGGGAUUCUUUUCAUCCCAGGAAAUUUUAAUCGUAAACCGGAAUGACGUCUUAAAUGUAGUGAAAUUAAAUUUUUUAAUCUGUCUACACGUUUUUAAUCAACUGAGAAAAUGUUUUAUGGUUUUUCGUAUAUUUUGUUUAAAUUUUGUAUAAAAUUAUUGACAAUUUAAGGAAAUAUAUUUUUCUAUUGUGUAUCUAAUUUAUUAUAAU